ACCAGAUAUCUAAAGGGCAAAAAAGCGAGCUUGCCCAACUCACGAUCCCAACCUAGAUGAGCUGUUGACGACGUCCUCCCCGAACGGAAGCUGUCCAAAAUGCCGCCCCGAAUCAACAUACCGCCGGUCACCCGGGUUCUGCUCGCCGUGCUUGUCGUGCAGUCGUUCCUGAGCGCCGCGAUCCGCUAUCGUCAAUGGAGCGCGACAUCCGAGAUCGUGAUACCGUACCUGACGCUCAUCCCUCAGCUCUCCCUUAUUUAUCCGUGGACCUUCUUGACCUCAACACUGGUCGAGAAUAACAUCUUUACGCUCGGAAUCGCCGGGGUCACUAUUUAUCAAGGCGGUAGAUACCUCGAGAGAGCUUGGUCUUCGGCGGAGCUGGCCAAGUUCGUCGCCGUCACGGCGCUGAUCCCCAACGUCCUGACUUUUGCGCUCAUGAUCAUCUUCUUUACCCUGACAAGAAACGAGCGCUGGACACUGACCGUCAUUGGCGGCACGAUCCCGAUGCAGAUUUCUUUCCUCGUCGCAUUCAGUCAGCUCGUCCCGGCGCACACUGUUACUCUGUUCCGCGGCAUCCUCUCCCUUCGAGUUCCGCGAUUCCCUCUGUUAUAUCUCGGCAUCGUCUUUGUCCUCUCUCUGACACCGCUUCUGACGGCGGCCUCUUUCUCCCUUGCUGUGAGCGGCCUGCUCACGAGCUGGACAUACCUCCGCUUUUACAAGACCGUCUUCCCCGACCUCGACUCUUCCCAGCCGAAUUCUCUCCGUGGAGACGCUAGCGAGACGUUUGCAUUUGCCGAGUUCUUCCCGGCGCCGGUGAAGCCCUUCGUCGCCACGCUUUCAACCCAGAUCUUUGAGGUGUUGGUAGCGAUGCGGAUAUGUAGUCCCUUCUCCGCGGACAACGUCCCAUCCGGACGAGGCAACAACUUCAUACAGAGGGGCGCACCCGGCGGCGCGAGAGCCGAGGCGGAGCGGAGAAGAGCGCUGGCACUGAAGACGUUGGACCAGAGGCUCCACGCCGCCACCGCGGGCACAGCGGCACGAUCUUCGUCGCAACCUCCGGCGCAACAGCCCACGGGUCCCACGGUACAGACGCAACCGCAGCCCAACACGCAGACGGCUAUGACUACGCAGCCGACUGCGAUGCUGGGGGAGACCAACUACCACCCCGAGCAGGACUCGAGCGAUAAAUCUGCAUCGUGAGAGAAGUAGAGAGAAAGGGGAGAGAGAUACAUCACACUUCGCUUCGACUAGAAAAUCGGUUUACUUUCCUUUCUUUCUGGCCGGGUCACGAGCCGAUUUUGGGCGAUUGGACUAAGACGGCAACGGCGCCGGUUUAUGGCUGCGGUCAACAGUGUACUCUUAUGUGUCGAUCCGUGUUGGUCCUUGGGGGAACAUUUUUUUUCUCUUUCUAAUUCGGGUUUUUUCUUUUGUUUGGCAUCGGCGUCUAAAGACGGAUACCUUCAGUGCGCGCGUGCGUGUGUAAAGCGGUAUGAGCGGCGAUCCAGGAUUAUGACAGCGACGGUCUGGCCCUAGGUAGUAUGUAGACUUUUAACCUACACCCAAUGGGCGUAAAUUCGAAAUGAUGUAUGUGUAGACUGCUGCAGAGUCUUCUUUCCCUUCUAUCAUC